AUGUGUUUAUUAAAUCAGAUGAGGUUCUGUCUUUUCCUUAGUAUUGUAAUAAUUUCUGCGUUUAGUGCUCCGACAGAUGAAUCUCAAGCAACGAUUUUAUCAUACGAAUAUAAUAACGAUGGAAGUGGAAACUACAACUUCAGGUAUUCAACAUCUAAUGGGAUAUAUCGUCAAGAGACGGGAACACUAGUGAAUGAGGGUUUGACGAAUGAACAUAUUGAAGUGAGAGGUUCAUAUUCUUUUAUACAGCCUGACGGUCGGUUGGAAACUGUCGAGUAUACUGCUGAUGAAAAUGGUUUUAAAUACUCAAAAAAACUACCAACAGAAAUCAAUAUGCGCUUUUAUCUUUUAUUAAGUAUAAUAGUAAUCACUGCGUAUGGUGCUCCAACGGAUGAAUCUCGAGCAACGAUCUUGACUUAUGAAUAUAAUAACGAUGGAAGUGGAAAGUAUAACUUCAGAUAUUCUACAUCUAAUGGGAUAUCUCGUCAAGAGACGGGAACACUAGUGAAUGAGGGUUUGACGAAUGAACAUAUUGAAGUGAGAGGUUCAUAUUCUUAUAUACAGCCUGACGGUCGGUUGGAAACUGUAGAGUACACUGCUGAUGAAAAUGGUUUUAAAUACUCAAAAGAACUUCCAUUUCCAAUAAAUGUCAAAUGUGUAUCCUUGUGCUUCUUGGCCGUUUUCACUGCAGCAGUUUCAAAUUUAUCCAAGGCAACCAGUAUUCAGAAGCAAAUAAAGAAAAACGUAUAUAACAUUAAUGAAUCCGGCGCUUAUAGUUUUGAAUAUGUUAUAUCUGAUGGCACUUUUAGAAAGGAGGAUGGAGGUCUGAUUAAUAACAAGGGAGCGCUUAAUUUGGUGGUACGAGGAGAGUAUGGAUACAUAGAUCCUUCAGGGCAUCGUCAUUACAUCAAAUAUAUAGCAGAUACAAACGGCUUCCAAGCUCUAAGCGAUUACAACGAUGUUAGGUUUAAUGAUAGGCGAAUUGUCGAGGACGUGGAACUAAGACGGAUAUUUCCAAAUGAUUUCCCCCAGGACACAGUCAGAAAGAGUGGCUCUAUGAAACCAGAACACUUGGGCCGUUAUAUGGAACUUAGCGAUUAUUUCAGAGAUCCCAAGAAGCCAUCAAAUAGUCAUUUUGAAGAAUUGUCUUGUUACAGAGAGAAUAACAGAAAGGUUUGCAGGAUAGACGUGGAUAGGUACUCCCCUGAAGAGAACGAAUACUAUUUGACACAGAAUUCUGCUAGUCAUAUAGAUAGACGUCGGUUUUUUAUCUUAACGCUGGUUGCUGUUGCUUCCGCGGCUCCUCAAAAUCCACAGGAUGUUCAGAUCCUGCGAUAUGAUUCUGAUAAUUCUGGAUUAGGUUCAUACAGUUUUGCCUGGGAGCUAUCUGAUGGAAGCAAGCAUGAAGAACAAGGACAAUUAAAGAACCAAGGAACUGAAGCCGAGGCUUUGAGUGUGCAAGGACAGUAUGCGUGGGUCGGCCCUGAUGGUGUUACAUAUACCGUCACUUAUUUGGCUGACGAAAAUGGCUACCAACCCCAGCUCCAACAGAGUCAAGGCGGAUCAAUACCAUCAGCAGUCAUAGAAUCUUUCCUCGGCUAA